AUGGCGCUUGAGCCGCCCGUCGGCCAUACCUGGUCGCAGCCAUCACAACCGUCCAGUAUCGAGAACAGCGACAGCCCUGGGCGCUUAGCCAGACUGUACAGCAAUCUGGAUCCAGAGCUGGUUCGAGCCGUUCCACUGAACGCUUGCUUGGCGUGCUGGGGACGCCAUUUCCGGAACGAAUAUGAGGGCAUGUUCUCCGUCGACAAGUCGAACUAUCAUAUCAGCCAAAAGACUGACCAGAUCGGUAAUUUUCUUAGCCACGAUUGGGGUACCAGCCGGAUCCUCAAGGUGCUGACCCUACUUUGGAUGUUCAACAUCAGAGCCGCCACGAUUGCAACCUUGCUUAUGAGUUGCAUCCUUGGCUUCCUCCGCAUCUUGUGCAUCCGAGUACGGGCACCAUGCUGGACCAUUGGCACCUUCUUCGGCUACGCGACAUUCGUGAUUUUUCUCUGCUGGUGGCAACGAAUUCAAUCUCUCUUUGGCUUCAGGCGCUUGGUUUUCCUGGAUAAGCUGUGCAUCGCCCAGCACGAUGCGGAGCUGAAGCAGCAGGGAAUCCUAGGAUUAGCCGGCUUCUUAGAGAAGUCGAAGACGCUCACGAUCUUGUGGACGCCACGUUGGGCAACCCGCCUUUGGUGCACGUACGAGUUGGCAGCGUUUAUGCAGCAGGAUGCGAACAAGCCGAUCGAGCUCAUGCCGGUGAAGAUGGCUGGCAUUCUGCUGAUGCAGUGUGCUUGCUGGGCGGCGAUCGCUGUUGCCCACGCCAUUGUCUCUUACCUGGAUCAGGGAGUUGAUGCUGAUGAUGCUGAUACGGCCUAUCAGCUGACGCUUUUCCGCCUGGGAGUCUUCAGUGUGAUCGUGGUCGCUCUCCUCAUUUCGAUGGUGCACACGGGCCUGUGGUUCAUGAAAGAGUUGGCCGAGCUGCCAGGGCAGCUGAAAGCCUUUCGGAUACAAGAUGCCGCAUGCUACUGCUGUGCACACAGCCACCGUCAUCCAAAGACGGGGGCAAAGAUUCCGUGUGAUCGAGAGUACGUGUACUGGAUGAUUCGAAGGUGGUUCCAUGAUCCAGAAGCACCGGGGGAGUCGCACCUGGAUUCGUUCAAUGCCCUGGUGAGAGAGCAGCUGGCACCUUUGGUGCUCAAACAUGCAGGUGGGAGCACGCUGCCUUUGAGUUACGCUCUGUAUGCCUGUGCCGCCUGCAACUUGCCCUGGCUCAUCGACUACAUUCCCUGGUGGUGGGCUGCGGACUAUUCAGGAGAGAAGACUGGCAUUGCAUUCUUUUUGUGGUGGCUCCGUGGCAUGAUGCUGUGGGGUUACCACGCUCUUCUGCAGCUGGCAAUGAUGCGCAUCUGCACGAUGAUGUGGAAAGCCUUGCUGCCACUGGCAGACAGAAUCUGGCGUGUUGUACUGACAACGGUGCAGACUGUCGUGAUGCUCGUCAUUGCGUUGGUUCUCUGGCUGGCGUUUCGCGUUGUGUACCAGGUCACAGACAGCACGAGUUUGCUGCCUUCCGUGCCCUUUUGCGCUCUCGUCAUCCUGGACAUCGCCCUUUUCUGGCGAUCUGGAGAGCAAGUUCCAGCACCUGACAAACCAGAUCAUAAAGAAGCAGGUCCGUCUUCAUCCCAUGCCGCGGAGCCUCAACCACACGAUGUCGAGAAGAAGGCCGGAGAUGCUGGAAUUCCUCCCGGUCACACCUUCGCCUUGCACCGUGCCGCAGCAGAGGCCGAAGGGCCAGGGCCACUGAUAGAAGUGAAGCUAUAG